AUGGAUUCCCAACCUAUUUUCUUGGAUGUAGAAGAAGAACUGAAGAAGUACCUUCUAUGUCCAGAAAACCUUCCUGUUCACCAGUAUGAGAAGAAUCAGGAGUUUUGGCCUAGAAAACCAAAUCCUAUUGAGCUUUUGCACUAUGAGAAUUCUCCUUUAUGCACUACACUAAAGGUGCACAGGAACCCUAACACAGGUGAGAUUAUGGGAUUCAGGGAGGUCCCUGUGUCAUCUGCAGGUACAACAGCGAAGAAUUCCAUGUCACUGAAUAGAGAUCCUGCACCACAAAAUGAGGCAACUCGGGGAAAUGCAUCAUUUGUACCUUUUUGGCCUGGAAGCUUUCCAUUGCCAGAACAGAAGGGAGCUAGUAAAGAAAAUGAACUAAAAAAUGAUGACCUGCUUACAGUACCACCAGGGUUUGAUAGAGGCCUUACGUUUGCAGAGGAUGGAAGAACUUUACUAAAUGAGACAAACCAAAACAAGCCAACUAUUUCGAGUGACAGCCCUAAUGUAAUAAACAUUCUAGAGAUUGUUCAACAGGAGCAGGACAUUUUAGGAACUUUUGCGGUGAAACAUGAGGAUGAAAAAGAGAAAACGACAGCAAUCCAUAACAGCAUAAUCCCCGAAGAAGAAGAAAUAUUGAAAGAAGUUCCAGUGCUGAAUAUCAGUACCGUCCAGCCUCAUCAUCAGAGCUCCCUUAAAGGUAGUGAAUGGGCGGUCUUGCUAGAUACCACAAAACCAGUCACCGACUUUGAGGAGCGCAUACCAAAUAUGGCCAUCAGAUUUCCUUUCGAACUGGAUAUAUUUCAGAAACUAGCGAUUCUUCAGCUAGAACAGCAUAACCACGUGUUUGUAGCAGCACACACAUCGGCAGGGAAAACUGUUGUAGCUGAGUAUGCAAUAGCUUUGUCUCAAAAGCAUAUGACAAGGACAAUAUACACGUCGCCAAUAAAAGCACUUUCAAAUCAGAAAUACAGGGAUUUCAAGGCAACAUUCAAAGAUGUUGGACUAAUAACUGGAGAUUUCCAAAUCAACCAGACUGCCUCUUGCUUAAUUAUGACCACAGAGAUUUUGAGAUCUAUGCUGUACUGUGGAAGUGAUAUCACAAGGGACUUGGAGUACGUCAUUUUUGACGAGGUACACUACAUAAACGAUAGAGAACGUGGCCAUGUGUGGGAGCAGGUACUCAUCAUGCUUCCUGCGCACGUGUGUGUGAUUUUACUCAGCGCAACUGUGCCCAACACUAUUGAGUUUGCUGAUUGGCUGGGGAGAACGCAUCAACGGAAGGUUUACGUGGUAACUACUUACAAAAGACCUGUACCACUCCAACAUUACUUAUACACGGGAAAAGGAGGAAGUUCUAGAGACAACAGAUUUAAAAUCUUGGACGCAGAUAAAUGGCUAAUGAGCGCAUACCUCAAAGCAAAGGAAUCAGUAGCAGACAAAGAAACAUCAAACGUGUACCAGAAAAUGACUCCCGCUCAAGAUAAGACACUAUGGACAGGUCUAGUGAGUCAUCUGAAGAAGCACGACCUAUUGCCAGUGGUAGCCUUCACAUUUUCCAGGCAAAAAUGUGACAAUAACGGAGCGAACUUGACCAACUUAGAUCUGACCACCCAAAAAGAGAAAUCUCAUAUUUCUCUCUUCUUUAACAAGUGUAUCAGGUAUUUGAAAGAACCCGACCGCAAUAUUCCGCAGAUCGUUACUAUGAGAGAUAUUUUAACCAGGGGUAUUGGUGUACACCACAGUGGUAUAUUACCGAUUAUAAAGGAAAUUGUUGAAAUGCUGUUUCAAAAAGGACUUAUAAAGUUGCUGUUUGCCACGGAAACAUUUGCUAUGGGAGUGAAUAUGCCAGCUAGAACAGUAAUCUUCGACUCAAUCAGGAAACAUGAUGGCAAAGAAUUGAGAGACUUAGAGCCUGCAGAAUACAUUCAAAUGGCUGGGAGAGCAGGGAGGAGAGGGCUGGAUAAAGAGGGGACUGUUAUAAUUCUGUGUAAAUUGGGUAUGAUACCACAUGAAGAUAAUCUGAAAAAAAUGAUGCUAGGAAAGCCUAGUUCCCUGGUCAGCCAGUUCCGACUGACGUAUGGCAUGGUUUUAAGUUUGCUAAGAGUUGAAAGUCUCAGUGUGGAGGGCAUGAUGCUCCGAAGUUUUAGAGAAGCUGAUCAUCAAAAAGGAAUGGGUGAUAUAAAGAAAGAACUGGAAACGGUUAAUCAGCAAUUAGAAGAGAUUAGCAGGCAACAAAUCAGCAGUUACCUGCAGCCUCUGGUGAAGUUCUAUGAAAGUGCUAGUUCAUAUUUGCAAGCAAGGCAAGACAUAAUGAAUACCGUAUUUGCGUCUCCAAAAGUCCAAAAAGUCCUUACGCCAGGAAGAAUUCUAGUCGUAACACAUAAAGGGCACAUCAACAAGCUAGCACUUCUACUAUCUCAAGCUCGAUCUAAACAACUACAGUACAAAGUGCUAGUUUUGAAUGACCCUUCAACAUGCACGGACAAAACACCAAAUGAAGAUUUGUUUUACUAUAUGCUUGGAUUAGCUCAAGAAAAAGUUUUCCAACCAUUAGGAACUCCUGGCCAUGAGAUCCUUACAGUAACACCGGUAGAUAUUUUUGAAAUAAGUGCAAAAACUCUGAAGACAAAUCCAGAUUUAAUAAUACAAGACGUAGAAAAACGGCAAAUGGAAAGAUUCAAAGAUAAUCCGCCAGGUCAAACAUGUGUAGCUGUUGUACAGGAGUUGCACAAACUCACGAUGUUGGCAAACAGCAAUAGCAAUUCAUUAAAUAAGCUUGACUACUGGCAUUUAAUCAUCGAUUUGAAGGUGAAUGAGCAGGGACUGUAUCAUAACUUAAAAAAACUCUAUGGCUUGAAAGACAAACUCAUCGAUCAUUUGCCAAGUACCCAGAUUCCUAACUUUGAACAACAAUUUUCAAAUGUGUUUGAGAGGAAGUUUUUGGAGGAACGUAAGAAGAACUUAGAGUUUAAACUUUCGAAUGCUAGUCUUUCACUUUAUCCUGACUAUGAAAAUAGGAUAGAAUUGCUGAGGCAGUUAUGCUACGUUGAUAAUCAAAAUCAAGUACAACUUAAAGGCAGAUUUGCCUGUGAAAUAGGAAUGAACGAACUUCUCAUCACAGAGCUGGUGGUAAGAAAUAUUCUGACGAAACUUUCUGCACCGGAGGUAGCUGCACUGUUGUCAGCCUUGAUAUAUAGGGUGAAAUCUAGAAAUGAGCCGCUGGACUUUGACAGCCUUCCUGCGGAUCUGAGACGGGGCAUCAAGGAGUUGACAGAUGUCCACCAAGAAAUAUUUCGUAAAGAGUUGUCAUUGGCUAUUCAAACUGAUGAAUUCCAAGAAGAUCUGAAUUUCGGAUUAGUUCAUGUCGUUUAUGAAUGGGCAAACAAUAAGCCUUUUGCAGAGAUAAUGCAACUGACAGAUGUACAAGAAGGAAUUAUUGUGCGAUGUAUUCAACAACUAAACGAAACGAUUUGUGAUAUCAGAGAUGCAGCAAGAGUUAUCAUAGGAAACCCGGAAUUACAGAUAAAAAUGGAGGAAGCUUCGACUGCUAUAAAGAGAGAUAUUGUAUUUGCAGCCAGCUUAUACACGUACGCUGAUGGGUUAUAAUACUAAACUAAAGCAUUUUGUCUUACUGUUUUUAUUUCCUUUUAUUAUUUAAAAUAAUUGUAAUUAAAUGUUCAUUCAUGUUCUUUUUUCUAUAAAAAAUAGAAAACGUAUACGC